GCUGCUGCUGCGGCAUUCUGCUUGGAGUGUGGCGCUGGCGACGUCGACAUUUGGCCAAGCUUUUUGUUCGCGUGAAACAGUUGCAAGCCUUUGAACGAUCAGCGACGACGGCGUUAACUUUGGCGCGGAUACAGAAGAUUUUUUUUUCGUUUGUUUAAGCAGGCGCCUGGCGGCUGCCUCCUGACACGUUGACGCCUCUGUCACCCUCCGCAAGCAGCAGCAGCAGCACGAGCAAGAAGCGGCAGCACCAGCACCACCGGCACCCAGCAGCAGCCGCAGCUAAAACAGAAAACAAACAGAAACAAACAGAAAACAAAAAAACAAACAAAAAGAUACAAAGAUACAAACAAAAAGUUACCAACAAACAACAACAACCACAACAGAAGUGCGAGUGCAUUCCAAUCAUCCCAUAUCCGUAUAAAUUUUCUCUUCCGUUUUUUUUGUUAAUUAAACUGUGUGUCCAGCGAUAACAAUAGAAGUAACAAAAACAACAACAACAACGAUACAGUUUUCCCAUUGUGGAAAAGCCAAGAAAAACAGAGAGACAACCAGAAGAAAAGAAGCAAAGAAAAGACACCAUCAUUGUGCGCCUCAAACUGACAGCCAGAGAAGCAGCAGCAGGAGCAGGAGCAGCAGCAGCAGCCGCAGGAGAAGAUACACCAGCAGCCGCAGCAGCAGCAGGAGCAGAUACAGAUACAACAUCAGCAACCGCAAAGAUGCUCACGGACAUGACGCCGACGGCCGGUCAGUUGUAUGGCUCUCAGAUACCGGCCAUGGGCAUGAACAUCAGCAACAUCGCCACACACUUGCAGAAGCCACAAGUUAAUCCGGAUCAUCCCAGCCUGAGAGGAACACCACUGGCCAUGCUGGCCGCCCAGUGCAACAAGCUGUCCAACAAAUCACCGCCCCCGCUCGCCGAUGCGGCGGUGGGCAAGGGAUUCCAUCCCUGGAAGAAGAGCCCCAACUCCCCGGCCGCAGGCAGCAGCGGAAGUUCCGGCGGAGGGGGCGGCGGCGGUGGCGGUGGCGGAGGAGGAGGCAGCAGCGCCGGCCAACACUCGCCCUGCGCCAUCUCAGCGGCCAGCUCGUCCAGCUCCAGCGGCAGCGCCAGCGGCGGAGGACAGUCGUCGAGGAGCCUCUCCUCCAGCGCCAGCACCAUGGUGAACAUCACAGCUAGCAUCUAUCCUUACAGUCGCCCAUUGGCCUCCUCGUGCGCGGCGGUGAGUGGCUCGGCCUCGGUGUCGGCCUCGGCGGCGGCAGCGGCGGCGGCAUCCGUCUCGGCCUACGGCGGAGAUCUGUACUUCCCGAACACGGGUACCUCGACGGCGGGAAUGGUGGCGGAGAACCAUCACAUGCACCAGGGGCUCCUGGGCAAGGUGGAGGGGGCGGCGUUCGGGUCCGUGUACUCGCGACACCCCUACGACUGGCCAUUCAACGCGGUGUCGCACAAGGCCGCGGAGGCGGCCAGCGUGAACAGCGUUAACGGGUGGUGGGACAUGCACAGCGCUGCGGGCAGCUGGCUGGAUAUGGGGAGCGCGGCUGCAGCCGGGAUGCAUUCGACCAUGGCCAACUACGCGAGUGCCGCGGCCGCCGGCUCCGACUACUCCUCGGCCCUCUCGCACUCGCUCUCGAACACGGCCCACCUGCUGGGCUCCGGGCAGCACCUGCUGCAGGACACGUACAAGAGCAUGCUGCCCGGACAGGGGGUCGGUGGCUUCUCGCUGCCGCACAGCUCCCCCUCGGCAGCGGCCACGGCGGCGGUGUCCCCACAGGCCUCGACGCCGUCGACACCGUCGCCCCGGUCGCAGCGACGGUAUGCGGGGCGCGCCACCUGCGACUGCCCCAACUGCCAGGAGGCGGAGCGGCUGGGGCCGGCGGGCGUGCAUCUGCGGAAGAAGAACAUCCAUUCGUGCCACAUCCCGGGCUGCGGCAAGGUCUACGGAAAGACGUCGCAUCUCAAGGCGCACCUGCGGUGGCACACCGGCGAGCGUCCCUUCGUGUGCAAUUGGCUGUUCUGCGGCAAGCGCUUUACGCGCUCCGACGAGCUGCAGCGGCAUCUGAGGACGCACACCGGCGAGAAGCGCUUUGCUUGCCCCGUGUGCAACAAGCGCUUUAUGCGCAGCGACCAUCUGGCUAAGCACGUGAAGACGCACAACGGCACGGCGCCGAACGGCAUUAAGAAGGGCUCCUCGGAGUCCUGCAGCGACUCUGAGGAGGCCGCCAAUCAGUCGGGUGAGUCCAACGGGCUGGGCGGCGCGACCAGUGGCCAACAGACGGGCGCGGCCGGUGGCGGCGGGGGUGGCCCAACCAGCGCCGGCUCCGGCUCGGGCUCCGGCUCUGGCUCCGGUUCGGGCUCCGGCUCCGGAUCGGGGUCUGGCUCUGGCUCUGGCAGCCAUCCCGGCACCCCGACCUCGCUGCACGCGCAUAGCGCAUCUAGCACGCCCAGCAACCUGCUGGGCGGCGGUCUGCACCUGGCCUCGCCGCACCAGAUGGUCGCCGCGGGCGGGUCGCCGGUGAUGCUUCACCAGCACCAGCAGCAUCAGCAGCAGCAGCCCCACCAGCAGCAGUCCCACCAGCAACAGCAGCAGCAGCAACACCACCAGCAGCAGCAGCAGCAACAGCAGCAGCAGCAGCACCUCCACCAGCAGCAGCAGCACCAACAGCAGCAGCAACAGUUCGCCCAGCAGCAGCAGCAGCAGCAGCAACAGCAGCAGCAGCAUCCGCACGCCCAUCUGCAUCACCACCAUCACCACCAUUUGGCGGCGGGUAGUCCGGGGCUGGAGCACCGCCUGGACCGACUCGAUCCCAGCGCACUGGUGGACAUCAAGCCCCCGAUGGUCUGAGGGUCGCUGGGACCCUUUCUGUUCACCAACUGAGCGGAAAUGGGUUCCUGGUCGGAACUGGAAUUGGAAUUUCUAUGCAACCCCAGCAGCUUACUAAACUAUAUCUACGAGUGAUCAAAAUCAGUCGAUCAAUCGAUCAAUCGAUCAGUCGGUCAGUCGGUCAGUCGAUUAGUCGGUCAGCUGAUCAGCCGAUCGAAUAUACUCGUACAUAAUAUACAAUAUAUUCUAUAAUGCAUAAUGUAUAAUGUUUUUUUUUGUGAUUACCUUACAUCUGGAAUAAAUAUAAACAUUUUAUGGCGAUGCAUCGAUGCAGUGGUGCAGUGGGAGUAGGAGUAGGAGUAGGCUCUUGCCUAUCAGAAGAUAAAGAUAAAGAUAAAGAUAUUACUCGUAUAAUUGUAAAUAUUCGAUGCACUCUCUAUAUGUCUAUGCCCGUAACCACCCAGCAGAACACACACACACACUUAUCGAGCACUCAACAAAAACAUUGCUUGUCGCUAGCUUAAGAUCUGGAAGUAUAUCAUGCAGUAUAUACUCGUACAACAAUAGUAUAUUCGAUAUGGGAUGUAAGCAGGAGGACGAGGAUGAUCUAUAUUUUUUUUUCGACUUUUUUUUAAUAGUUAGUAGAGGAUACAAUACUAUAUGUAGUAUAUAUACACGGGUAUACAUAUGUAUGUAUGCAGAAUUCGUUUUUUUUCUUAGGCAGUAAGUAAGCUAAUCCUAAAACAAUCUCUGAAUGAAUAUUAACCAACAGACAAGCUUCGAGCACACACACACACACACACACACAGAUUAAGGGGGAAAUAAGUAAAUUAAAUCUCAAACUAUUUGUUGAAAAUUUAUAUGCAAUUCUAAAAAAAAACACCCCCUACAAAUAUAUAUAUAUAUACACUAUAUACUAUAGUUAUAUGGAUAUGGCAGAGAGCGAAGAGCAGAGAGCGGAGAAAAGAGGAAGAUAAUAUA